CAUAUCGCACCACCCCCUUCCCGGCCGAUGACCCUGUGUGACCCUGUUCCUAUUUCUAUGUCCAUGGUCCAUGUUCUUAGCCGUCACAUCAUAAACGUCAUAAACGUCAGAUCUGGACACAAACUCACACCGUUUGAGAUGAAAGAUGUUUUGAGUUUAUCGAUCUUUACACUCUCUAAAACCAACGUGCUUUUUGGAACAUUACAAACUUAAUGUUUUUAAGAAAUAUGUAUUGCUAUAUCUUAAAGUAAUUUUGAGAUCGAGAAUACAUUUGAAAAGUAGAUAAACAUGGGAAUAGGUACAAGCCAAUUUACCGAAGACGAAUUGCAAGAUUACCAGGAUUUGACAUAUUUUACAAAGAAAGAAGUUUUGCACGUACAUCAAAAGUUUAAGGCUCUCGCUCCAGAAAAAGUUGGUCACAAUAAAAAUGCUAAACUUCCAAUGUCCAAAAUUUUACAGUAUCCUGAAUUAAGAGUGAAUCCUUUUGGGGAUAGGAUUUGUAAAGUUUUCAGUUCUAGUCAAGAUGGAGAUUGUACUUUCGAAGAUUUCUUGGACAUGAUGUCUGUGUUUAGCCAUGCAGCUCCGAAAGCUGUGAAAGCAGAGCAUGCAUUUAGAAUAUUUGAUUUUGAUGGCGAUGACAUGCUUGGCAUCGGAGAUUUAAAGCAGGUUGUUGAUAGACUUACUGCACCUCAAAGAUUAACUGAAACAGAUAUGCAGCAAAUUCUACAGUGUAUAUUAGAUGAAGCAGAUUUAGAUGACGAUGGUGCAUUAAGUUUUGCCGAAUUUGAACAUAUUAUUGAAAAAAGCAAUGAUUUCUCUAAGAGCUUUCGUAUACGUUUGUGAAACACAAAACAUGGUUUAAGACAGUGAAUAAUUAACACAAGA